AUGAGUUCAUUAAGGGCCAACUCUGACCGACAUUUGCCACGUUCUACAAAGGUUUACAAACUUAUUGGCUCACAAUGGGCUGACCAAGGAACCGCUUUUUGUUACGGACAAUUCGAGAACGAGACCAACCAGGCUUUCCUUAUCGCUCGCUCAGAAGUCCAUUUCGACAAACUCAUCCUGACUACUCGCAUCCGCACCACUGACGUCUAUCAACGCCAACAAGAUACAUUGAUUGUCUGGACGGAACCGGACGGUGCAGAUUACGCCUUGAGCUUCCAGGACGCCGAAGGGUGUGCAGAGGUGUGGAAUUUCAUCAUCGAGGUUCAGCGCCACAUGAAUGUCGUUGGAGAAAGUAGUGUUGGAGGCUCAUCAUCUCCCCGAAGCGACCACUCCACAACAGCAGCGAUCAUCCGCUCCGGCCACUUACCUCUGCCAGAACUUGGGAAUAUUCCCGAUAUCGAACGUGCCAUUAAAACACUAGUGCGUGGACAGGCGAUUAGGGAGAGGAUAUGCGAGUAUAUUCAGCGCGAGGAAUAUAUCACGAAGAUGAUAGAAGUCUUCAAGCUGGCAGAAGACUUGGAGAACGCCGAGAAUCUUCAUGCACUGUGCAGUCUCAUGCAAACCAUAUUAAUGAUUCAUGAUCAUGCACUAUACGAGCAUAUCCUCGAUGACAGCGUGUUCUUUGGUGCUGUAGGCAUGCUUGAAUAUGAUCCCGAGUUCCCAAAUCACAAAGCGAACUACCGAGAGUUUCUCCACGUAACCUCUAAAUUUCACCAACCUAUUCCCAUACAAGACAUCAUGAUCCAGAAGAAAAUCCACCACACAUACCGUCUACAGUUCCUCAAAGACGUCGUUCUUGCGCGCGCUCUUGACGACUCCACCUUCAAUGUCCUCAACUCCUGUAUUAUCUUCAACCAAAUCGACAUAAUCAACCAUGUCCAGCAGGACACCAUGUUUCUCCGCGAAAUAUUGUCGCUGUACGUGAACGAGGAGGUUUUGACGGGAGGGAAAGACAAGGAUGAGAAGCGCGAGGGGAUGGAUGUUGACGGCAAACCCAACGGCGCUCAUGUGAAUGGUUCCACAUCGACCCCAAGGCCUUUCUCUUUCGGCCCACCAGAUAAUCUCUCGGAGCAUGAGUUGGUCCUCCGUAGAGAGGUAUUGGUGCUUAUACAGCAGCUCUGCGUCAUGGGUAAAAAUGUGCCGCUUGCUGCUCGUAUCUCCCUCUUCCGAUCCCUUGUCAACCGGGGUAUCCUAUUUGCUGUCCAGUGGGCGUUCUCACUUUCAGAGAAUGACCCAGAAGCAAAAACAACAAUCAGCAUUGCGGGUGAAGUGAUGUCUGCACUGCUCGAUCACGAUUUAAAUGGUGUUCGAAAUCACAUCACCAAGCAAGCCUCAGCUAUUGAGAGGGAGAGUAAGGAGGGACGGCCGAUGGGAGAGCAAGCUGAGACGCUUUUACGAAUAAUGUGCAGAGUGUUGACACAUACUCGGGAUUUGGCGUUGCAAUGUCAGGUCGGUGAUGCCCUGAAGACCAUAUUGGAUGUCUCUCCCAAGGAUGGUCCUGAUUUGACACCCUUACUUCGUCCGAAAGACGACCCAGGAACUGAGAAGUUUCUCGAUUACUUCUACAAGAGAUGUAUAGAACUGCUCUUCAAACCAUUCAGCGACAUCCCUGAUUUCAAGACCCAGACUGAGCCAGUGCUGAGGCUUUCGCGCGAGAAGACUAAUCUUUACCUAUACUUAUGCGACUUAGUAUGCAACUUUGCUCAACAGCAUGGCUUCCGCAUUCACUUUUCCAUGCUUUCCUCCCACAUCUCUGCUCGUAUGGCCUCAUUCUUAAAAGCCCGGGACAAACACUUACGCCUGGCUGCCUUUCGCUUUUUCCGAAUAUGCCUCAAGGUCAACAACCCAAAUUUCAUGAUCCACCUUAUGAAACUAGACGUAUUCAAACCGAUCCUGGAUCUCACGAUACAGGAGUCUCGGCGGGAUAGUUUACUAAGUGCCUCGUGUCAGGAGUUCUUUGAACAUAUGCGUCGUGAAAAUAUUAAAGACCCAAUUAAUCACUGCAUGACGAAGCACGAAUCAUUGGUACGACAACUAGCCACAUCGCCGCUCAGUGGUCACAGGUUCAUGUCCUUCAUUCGACGGUGGGAGAUCAACGUCGAACCUCCUCCCAAAGAGGAGUCACAACCAGUCAAGAGUCUUCGAGAUCCCCGACAUAUGGGCCGAAAUAUUGACGUGGAGGAAGAAGAUUACUUCAAUGCUGAGGAUGAAGAAAGCGAUAACCACACGCCCUCGAUCUCUCCUCAAGUCGGAAGCCGUGAUCCAUAUGACGAAAACCCUCCAUUUAUCUCUCCUCAUUUACGCGGGCGCUCGUCAUCACCUGUGCAUACCACAUUGAAACGAAAGCGACGUGGUGCUAUGGUUGGGAAAGGCUUCCGUCCACAAACACUUGCACUUCCUCGCACUCCGCCGUUGAAAUCUCUAGUGGAUUAUCGCGACGAGGAUGAGGAAGAAAUUGGCCCUCCCUCGCCCAAAGUACCCUCAGUACCAAUAUCCAAAGCUGCUACGACAGCCAGCCAACGUAGCUCACCCCUUUCGCCUGCUGCAGACAUACCACCCAGUCCCAGAAUAUCUCAUCGACAGAUUUCUUCACGCCCGCCCCCUCUUCCUCGGCGUUCCUCUUUGGAUGAAGAAGACAACCUCUUGGAGUCUUUACUCCGUUCUAAAUCUAUUGCCCCAUCUCCUUCAAAUGCCCCUUCAAAGGCAUCGUCCAAGCUUUCAAUGCUGCCAAUACGGCUUGGCGACAAGCGGAGAAGAGAGGACGAUGAUGAUGAGCAACUAGACAUUUUAGCAAAUAAGCCAAAACGACCUGAUCUAGGUUCACGGAAGGAGCCUGAACCCUCGAGCGGUAGAAUAAAUGCGGUGAAGCCUGGGGAGGAUCCACCAAAAAAGUUCAAGCUUGCAUUACGAAAACCUGGUGUAAAAGACGGGGAUACUGGUUAG